UAACAGGUCUUACACUACUGCUGAUUCAUAUGAUGACAAAAAAUGUCAAAACUUGCUAUUACUUAAAUAUGACAUCAUAAUUUAUUCAGCAUAAUUAAAUCUGAAAUUCUUUUAAUUGGGAUAUCUUAGGAACGAAAAGGUCUUUUUUAAAAAAAUUAAAGACUUGUUAACCCACUUUUUAUGCUCUAUAAUAUAAGUCUAAGAUAUUUUAUACCUCAGGUUCCCUUUAACACUUUGUUUUUCUUAAAUGCAGUAACUGAUUUGAGGAAAUAAAUCUAUAGGACUUGUAAUACCAAUUACCAAUAAUGCACUAUAAUACCUUUUGUCACUAGGAACAAUCAAAUAGAUAUGCAGUAAACUGAUUAUUUUGUUUCACAUAAAAAUCUAAUAUUGCACUUUGUGGAUUUGACUAAAUACGUUUUUUUAGAUAUGUAUUUUAACCAAAAUAUACAUCUGCCUUCUGAAGAAGUGUACUCCUCCUCUCCAUCAAGUCACAUUGUACCAUGCUCGCCCUUUCUGAAUAAUAGAUCAAGAUCUCCAGUACCAUGUGUGCCAGACAUUGAUAGAUUAAACAGGAGAAAAGCAGUAAGAAGUCUUAGUCAAGAUAUACUACCAUCCCCAGUGUUAUCUGCUCUGCAAUCUUCUCAAACAGAUUCUCAACCACAAAGACUUCCUUUCACUCCUAUUGGUAACAUGGUAGAUCCAGCAGUCAUAAAGAAACCAACUAAUUUAACAACACCAUCAUUGGAGCAAGUUGUGCCCAGUUGUUCACCAUCAACUGUACAAGAUGAAAAACCAGCCAAUGGUACACAGCGUAAAAAUGGUCGUAAAUUGAAAUUAGAGAAAUCCUUAGAUGAGAAGCCACCUAUACCGAAGAGACAAAAUAGAAACUUGAAAGCAGCAAAAUCACAAGAAAAUGCAGAAAUGAAUCUCUUUCAAAGAGAUGAUAUUUUUGGAUGACUUUAUAUUAUUAGGCAUAUAUUAUGCAAAGCAGAGUAUAGGUAGUUGUUUUUGUGCGUGAUAUAAUUCUAUUCGUUUUGGUAUACUUUUAAAAUGAUAUUUUAUUCACAGCGUCAAUGUGAGAAAGAUGUGACAGUACUUUAUUUGUAAUGUAUAUUGUUCUUCUGUUAUUUAUUGUGAAGAUUUAUGAAAUUUUUUAUAUUUAUUAGGGAAAACAUUAUUUAUAAAGAGAGUUGUUUAAUAUUAUUAUUAUUAUUGGCUUAUAUUGUAUUUAGACAAGACAUUAUAAACUUUUAAUCUUCUAAUGAAAUGUUUGGAACAUAUUGAUUCCACAUUUGAUACAACUAACAUGCUGUAAUUUUUAUUUAUUUGUUAAAAAGAACAUUAUUUACAUUGAA